AUGACCGUCCGCAUUCUUAUCUUCGCCCCCCGCAAGCCCGAUCUUACUCCGGCCCAGUUCCAGCACCACUACGAAACAGUCCAUGUCCCACUCGUUCAGAAAAUAGCCGGGUCUGAUUUCCCAGUCUCCCACAAGCGUCUCUACCUGGCUCGCCAGCCAGCAGAUGGAGUUGCCGACGGCAGUCCUUCCUAUCCGGCAGUGGUCUUUUUGGGCGAACAAGCUCAGUUUGACUUUGAUGCCAUUGCAGACGUAUCCUUUGAGGACCAGAAGCACUUCGAGGCAUUCCGGGUCAAGUUCGAAGAACCGGAGGCGGCGAAAAUCCUUGAGGAGGACGAAGAACGCUUCUUGGAUCGGAAAAAGAUUCGAAUUGUUAUGUUGGGUGACGCCACGGAAACUAAACGGGCCUGA